UUCAUGACAAUGACUCCAAUAUUCUUGUUACUAGUAGCUGUCGCUUCAUCGGAAGCAAACUUCUUCAAUAACAAUGCUUGCCACAAUUGGAUAGACUAUUAUUUUAUAAAUGUCUCCCCGAACUGCUGGUAUGAGCCAGAUGUACAGGCAACAACUCAAGAGAGACUUGAAAGACAUUUCGGUACAGAUGGUUAUGAAAACUAUACAGUAACAACUAAAGAUGGGUAUAUCCUGUUAAUGUUCCGAAUCUUGAGAGAAAAUCCUAAAGGUAUUGUGGUGCUCCAACAUCCUAUUAGUGUAGAUGGAGUUGUCUGGAUAGAUCAGGGCAACGCAUCAACUGCGAUAAAUUUCUGGAAACAAGGAUAUGAAGUUUGGUUACCAAAUCACAGGGGCACAUGGUAUUCUGAAGGACACACAAAUUUAACUGUACACGAUUAUAACUAUUGGAAUUUUACGUUUCAUGAAAUUGGAAUGUAUGAUUAUUCAGCAUUUUUUGAAAAAAUUAGUGAAGUUACCAAUAGAACUGAUCUGAUAUUUGUUGGACAUUCUAUGGCUGGAUCAUCUUCAUUGGCUUAUGCGUCUCUAAAUCCAGAACAUGCCAAAAAAUAUUUAAAAAUCAUUAUGUUGAUUGGUUCUGUUUCAUACAUGAAAAAUGUUUGGUCUCCAUUAAAAUAUUUAUCUCCAUUCAUUGGUGUAAUCCAGGUUUUCAUGAAAUCCUUGGGCAUUGGGGGAUUUUUCACUAAAGGCUCUAUUGAAACAGCUAUAGCCUCAUGGGGUAUAAAUUUACCAAUAAAGGAUCUGGUUAUGGCUAUUAUUAUGGCUUUUACUGGAUGGACGCCCGGAGAGUUUGAUCCUUCAUUAUAUUCAUUGAUGGGAACUGCACUAAAAGGUACAGGACUUGGAGUUUACUAUCAUUAUGCACAAAUUGUGAAUGCUGGAGGCAGAUACAUAAUGUGGGAUUAUGGGAAACAAGGAAAUUUGAUUGCAUACAAUUCGACAACUCCACCUGAAUAUCCCGUGGAAAAUAUCAACGUUCCUGUUUAUCUUCUUACAAGUUCGAGUGACUCUUGUGCCACUAUAGGCGAUGCAGAUAUUUUGUACCAUAAAUUAUCCAAUGCUACUAAAAAAUACGGCAAAUUUGAAACUUCAGGGCUUAGCCAUGUGGAUGUGCAUUGGGGAAAGGACAGAAAUAGAUUUUAUGAUAAUAUUCUUGAAUUAAUUGCUAAGAUUUUGUAAGAAUAAUUUGUAGGUAAUAAAAAUAUUUUUAAAUUUC